CCAGCCUGCGUGCAGGGUGCGCACCCCGACCCCCCAGGUAACGCCGGCUGCCCCCGCGGGACCCCCGCCGGCCGCCCUCGCCCCGCAGGAUGAAGACGCUGGUCCGCUGCUUCCUCGUCCUGGUGUGCGUGGCCGCUGCCUCCGUGCUCUAUGUCCUGCUCUGCUCCUUCGCCUGCCUGCAGCCCUGGUGCCGGGCGGCACAGCGCUGGGAUGGCCCCGCGUAUGCUGCGCCCGCCGUGCUCAGCUUCCAGGGGUACAGCCGCGUCCCCGACGGGCAGCCACUGCAGCGAGCGCCGUGCCGCCGCUGCGCCGUCGUCUCCAGCUCGGGGCAGAUGCUGGGCUCCCGCCUGGGGCAGGCCAUCGACGGGCAGGAGUGCGUGCUGCGCAUGAACCACGCGCCCACCGCCGGCUACGAGGAGGACGUGGGGGCGCGGAGCACCGUCCGCGUGGUGUCGCACACCAGCGUCCCGCUGCUGCUGAGGAACCAGCCCUACUUCUUCCAGCAGUCCCAGGAGACCGUCUACGUCAUCUGGGGGCCCCCCAAGAAGAUGAGCCGGGAGAAGGGGGGCUCCACUUACCGGGCGCUGCUGAAGGUGAUGGAGACCUACCCGCGCCUGCAGAUCUACACCCUGACCGAGGAGAAGAUGGCCUACUGCGACGACGUCUUCCAGAACGAGACGGGGAAGAACAGGGUGAAGUCGGGCUCCUUCCUGAGCACGGGCUGGUUCACCAUGAUCCUGGCCAUGGAGCUGUGCGAGCGCAUCCGCGUCUUCGGCAUGGUCAGCGACAGCUACUGCAGGGAGAAGAACCACACGAGCGUGCCUUACCACUACUUCGAGAAGGGCCGGCUGGACGAGUGCAGGAUGUACCUGGUGCACGAGCGGGCCCCCCGCGCCGGUCACCGCUUCAUCACCGAGAAAACCAUCUUCUCCCGCUGGGCCAAGAGGAGGGACAUCGUCUUCACCCACCCGUCGUGGGCGGGCGGGUAGGAGCGGCGGCGCCGCGGCUGCCUCAGCCCUGCCGGUGCCGUGGUUGGAGGCCUCUUGUUGUACCCCCCAGGCCUGGUGGGUGUACGGGCGGCAGCAGAGGGACCCCCACCCCGUGCCAGCGCAUGGGGGACGGGGCUGGACCCACUGAGCCCCCCCAGCUGCAGGCACCAAGCUGCCUUGGACCCGAGGGGACCUCGCCGGCACCACCAGAUGGAUGUUUGCUGUGGGAUUCAGUGUUCAGCGACACGAGUAGAGGGAAUUCAGACCCCUCCAACCACUGCCUCUUCCCAGGAUGGAGCCCCAGUGCCAUGGGACCUGGUUCCACGUGUGGGGCAUGGGGAAUGGGGCCGGGCUGCCCCCCCCCGGACUGUCCCCAAACUGCCACCAGGACAGCGCUCCGAGUGCCUCCUGCCCCCCAGCCCAGGGCCACGCGCCCUGGGAGCUCCGAGUUGCCUUGUCACAAGUGCCCUUGGACCGAGACCAAAGCAAACGUGCCCAUUAAAGCCUUCCUAACCCCACGGGCCCCGCA